AUGGCUCUCUUGGAGAUGAGCAGCUUCUGGACUUCCUCCUUUGCGGGCAUCCACCCGCUCGGAGGGCAGUUUGCAGAGCCCCUGGCGUACAUGCUUAGCUCGCGGGUUGACCAAGAGGGCGUGCUUGAUGAUGCGGCGGUCCUGUGGGGACAAGGCAAAAACAUCGAUGUUGGCCUGCAAGACGGCCAGGAGCCAAGCUUCAUGUUCCGGGCAGCUGCUCAUGUGGAGUCCCGGCGCCAUGGCAAUGGCGCCUCUGGCCGGCAGUAUAAGCUGUACGUGUUUGGCGACUCCUUUGCCGACACUGGCAACUACCCGCUAUCAGACUUGACCAGGAAGACGCGUGCCUGGUACUACCCCUACGGCAGCUCGGACGUCGACCACGGCACAAGUGCAACGGGCCGCUUCUCCAACGGAUUGGUCCUACCUGAUUUCCUCGCGAGGAUUAUGGGGCGGGAAGAGUCCCCUCCGGCGGAAAGUCAGAGGGAGCAGAACGGGGUCGAUCCCUCUGGCAUGAACUUCGCCGUCGGCGGCGCCGGCGCGUACAAUGGGACGCACGAAGCGCCGAAGCUCGGCAAGCAGAUCGACAAAUUCAGGAGUCUGGUCAAGCAAGGCAUCAUCGAGAAAGACCUCAAGGAUUCGGUCGCGCUCAUCGCCUUCUCCGGCAAACACGACUAUGCACACGUCAAGCACAUGACCAACUCCGAGAUCGAAGCUAAGGCCAUAAAAGUGACAGACAAGAUCGCCGACGGCGUGGAGCUGCUGAUGGAGCUGGGUGUGACAAAGGUGAUGGUGAGCACCCUGCCCCCGCUCGACUGCACACCGUGGUUGUCGAGGUCGUACGACUACGACGACGAGUCUUGUGACAGCCACAAGGUCGCAAGCAUCCACAACGCAUAUCUCGAACAGAAGGUGUUUCAACAUGAAGCCGUCUUCAUGCUCGAUCUGGAAACUGCCUUCAACCACCUCGUCGUCGAUCACCAUUCCGGCUCGUCGCAAUCGAAGCACUUCAAAUACCAGCUCAGGCCGUGCUGCGACAGCUUCGUCGAGACCGGGUACUGCGGGCAGAUGGAGAACGGCAAAGAGCAGUACAGCGUGUGCUCCCAGCCGGAAAAUCACUUCUACUGGGACGAGAUAAACCCGACGCAUGAUGGCUGGGAGACCGUCAUGAAUAAUCUCAAAGAGUCCAUCAAGAAUUUCCUAGAUAUCUAG